AUGACCACAGCGGUGGACAACAUGUCGACUUCGGCUCUGAUCUGGGAAACAGGGACGGCGAGUUCUCUGGCUCCUCGGAUCACAGCUGUAAACAGCACAUCUGGAGCAACUCCGCUGGAGGUCUCAGAGGGAAGCUCAGUGCUGCGCGGCAUAGCCGUGGCCGCUCAGGCUCUCCUCCUGCUGGCCAUCUUUCUGCUCUCCAGCUUGGGAAACUCAGCCGUGGUGGUCGUGAUCAUCAAGCACCGACAGCUCAGGACGGUCACCAACGCGUUCAUCAUGUCCCUCUCGCUGUCCGACUUCCUCACGGCCGUGCUCUGCCUGCCUUUCUCCUUCAUCAUGCUGUUCAGUAAGGACGGCACGUGGAUGUUCGGUGAGCGCUUCUGCAUCGCCAACGGAUUCUUCAACACCUGCUUCGGGAUCAUCUCAACCCUCACCAUGACGCUCAUCUCCUUCGACCGGUAUUAUGCUAUUGUCAGGCAACCGCAGGAGAAGAUCGGGAGGAAGAAGGCCAUCCAGCUGCUGGUGGCUGUCUGGCUGUCAGCGGUGAUCUUCUCUCUCCCGUGGUAUCUCCUCGUACGCACGUCGGAACACCUCGUCAUUCACAAGCGUGGAUUUUACCACUGCAUGUACGUUUUCCACUCGGGGACGUCCCGCAUGGGCACGGUGUACAGCGUGUCCUUAAUCGUCGUGUGCUACCUCCUUCCGUUUGCGCUUAUGUGCUUCUGCCACUACAACAUCUGCAAAACAGUGCGUCUCUCCGAGAUCCGGGUGCGACCCGUCACCACGUAUGCGCACCUGCUCCGGUUCUAUAGCGAGAUGAGAACGGCUACGACCGUGCUCAUCAUGAUCGUCUUCAUCAUCUUCUGCUGGGGUCCGUACUGCCUCAUGGGGAUCGUCACGGCGAUCGGAAACUACGCCUUCGAUCCAGCCAUGGACGCCGUGGCCGUGUGUAUGGCGUGGGCCAACGGCGCCAUCAACCCACUCAUUUACGCAAUGAGGAACCCCAACAUCUCCAUGCUGCUGGGUCGCAGCCGUGAGGAAGGAUACAGGACUAGAAACGUCGCUGCGUAUCUGUCUGCGCAGACUCGGACACGCAGACGAACAGCGUCACGCUCGCACGCGAUACGAGAGCGCUACAUAACGGGAACACGUGCUGGUGGAAACAGUCGAGUGUCGUCCUCGAGCCCGGCCAACGGUGGAGAAGUGGCCAUGUGGGCGUGCAAGAACCCAGCCGUGUUUUUCUGCACAGAUGCGCAUGUCGACACGGCCACGGAGCUCGGACGCGAACCAAAACACGACACGGCGAAUACCAGUCUCUGAUUUGAUAUUUUGCCCCAACAGCUCGUGUUACUAGGUUUAUAAACACGCAGAAGUAGCUGGACUGGCGUUAUAAAUGAC